AUGAAGUUGGGUCUUUUUUAUUUGGUGAGUUUAAUGUUAAUACACAAUCAACUGACAUGUUACGGAUGCCUAGAGAAUGAGAGAAUUGGUCUGCUGGAUAUCAAAUAUUUCAUCCUGUCAACAGGAGGGGAACACUUCCUGUCACAAAGAGGGGAUCCUAGCGAUCUAAUCUUUUCAUGGGUUGAUAAUAAAAGUAGUAAUUGUUGUUAUUGGGAAAGAGUCAAGUGCUCCAACAUCUCUUCUGGUCACAUUACUGAACUAAACCUCGGAGAAUUAGAGAUACCAUACUUCUCACAUUUGACCGGGAUGGGUUCGAUGUUAAAUGUUUCAGUGUUCCGUCCAUUUGAAGAGUUACGCCUUCUCAACUUGUCUAGCAAUAGCCUUGUCGGCUUCAAUGAGAGCAGAGGAUUUUCAAGUUUAAAGAAAUUGGAGGUCUUGGACUUUUCGAGCAAUAUGCUAAACUGCAGCAUUCUAACAAGUUUGUAUGGACUCACAUCAUUAAAGAGUUUGAUGCUAAGUGACAACAACUUUAAUUGUUCUCUAUCUGCUAUAGAUUUGACCAAAUUUAGCCGGCUAGAACUAUUAGACUUGGGUGGUAAUCAUUUUACUGGUUCUAUUGAAGUUGUUCAAAAUCUGAGAAACUUGAAAUUCUUAAGCUUAAGAGAUAAUUACAUCAAUGGCCUAGUUGAAGGUAUUAUUCUUACUUCUACUAAAUAG